UUGGGGGGAGUCUUUUGCAGAGAGUGUGAGACCAGCUCAGAUUCCAACUCCUCUUGUACUCUAGCUUUGCAGCUUCAGUAGCUCCUAAGCUGGCAUCAAUUUCCCUAAGUGUCAGCUGCAGCUGCGGUAGGGAAACAAGAAAAAGGAAGACGGGAGCAUUAUCUAGGUACCACUGAGUUCGUGCGGAGCUCCUGGAAGAAAAGGGAAAAGGAGGGAAAGAGGCAGCCGCAGAGGCGGCAGCAGCAGCAGCAGCUGUGAGGCUCCGCUUUGCUCAAGGCACCUCAGCCUGCUGUACAUACGCGGCUCUGGAGGUUCUUUUUCUCUCCUACAGGGGAAGGCGAAGGCUCCCCUAUGAACCGCAAGACAAGCGAGAAUGUGGAGUAUACCCUGCGGAGCCUGAGCAGCCUUAUGGGCGAGAGGCGGAGGAAGCAACAGGAUCCAGACUCGGCCAUCGCCUCUGGGGAACAGAGCCUCAUUGCUGCCACCGAGUCAUUCUGCAGCUUGCAGGGGAGUGGUGGCCCAGGCCCAGGCUCCAACACCUACCUUGGCGACAGCGGGGAUCUGGAGAGAGCGGCGCGGCGGCAAUUCCAGCAGAACGAGACCCCUUCCUUCGUCUACGUACUGUCGGUCUUCUCAGCCCUGGGCGGCUUCCUGUUUGGCUAUGACACGGGAGUCGUGUCGGGGGCUAUGCUGCUCCUGAAGCGGCAGCUCAGCCUGGACAUGCUGUGGCAGGAAUUGCUGGUGUCUGGAACCGUGGGGGCGGCUGCCGUCUCGGCACUGGCCGGCGGGGCCCUCAACGGCGUAUUUGGCCGCCGUGCCGCCAUCCUGCUGGCCAGUGCCCUCUUCACUGCUGGCUCCGUGGUACUGUCGGUGGCGCAGAAUAAGGAAACGCUGUUGUCGGGCCGAGUUGUUGUGGGACUCGGGAUCGGUAUUGCUUCCAUGACAGUACCAGUGUACAUCGCGGAGGUUUCUCCACCCAAUUUAAGAGGCAGAUUAGUUACUGUUAAUACACUAUUCAUCACAGGAGGACAGUUCUUUGCAAGUGUUGUUGAUGGAGUUUUCAGUUAUCUUCCAAAGGAUGGAUGGAGGUAUAUGCUGGGCCUUUCAGCUAUCCCAGCAAUAAUACAGUUCCUUGGAUUUCUCUUUCUACCGGAAAGCCCAAGAUGGCUUAUUCAGAAAGGACAGACUCAGAAAGCUCGGAGAAUUUUGUCACAGAUCCGAGGCAACCAGACAAUUGAUGAGGAAUAUGAUAGUAUCAAAAACAAUAUUGAAGAGGAGGAAAAAGAAGUUGGUUCAGCUGGACCUGUGAUCUCCAGAAUGCUGACAUACCCUCCAACUCGCCGAGCUUUAAUUGUGGGUUGUGGCCUACAAAUGUUCCAACAGUUAUCGGGCAUUAACACCAUCAUGUAUUACAGUGCAACCAUUUUGCAGAUGUCAGGAGUUGAAGAUGAUAGACUUGCAAUAUGGCUAGCCUCAGUUACAGCUUUCACAAAUUUCAUCUUCACACUAAUAGGAGUCUGGCUUGUUGAGAAAGUGGGCCGAAGAAAACUUACACUUGGCAGCUUAGCAGGUACUUCGGUAGCGCUCAUUAUCCUUGCUUUGGGAUUUUUGCUGUCAGCUCAGGUAUCCCCACAAAUCUCUCUUAAGCCAACAGCUCCUUCAAAUCAGAACUCUUCUUGCACAAAAUACAGUUCCUGCGAUGGAUGCAUGCUUGAUCCAGGCUGUGGAUUCUGCUAUAAGAUGAACAAAUCAGAUGUGGUCGACUCCUCAUGUGUUCCAGUCAAUAAAGCAUCAGCAAAUGAGGCUGCCUGGGGCAGGUGUACUAAUGAAACCAAAUUCAAAGCAGAAGAGUUAUUUUGGGCUUACAAUUUCUGUCCAACUCCAUAUGCCUGGACUGCACUUUUGGGCCUUAUUUUAUAUCUCGUUUUCUUCGCACCUGGAAUGGGACCAAUGCCUUGGACAGUGAAUUCUGAAAUCUAUCCUCUUUGGGCAAGAAGUACAGGAAAUGCAUGUUCAUCUGGAAUAAAUUGGAUUUUCAAUGUUCUAGUUUCACUGACCUUUCUACAUACAGCAGAGUACCUUACAUAUUAUGGAGCCUUCUUUCUCUAUGCUGGAUUUGCUGGUUUGGGACUCAUUUUCAUCUAUGGUUGUCUUCCUGAGACCAAAGGGAGAAAACUAGAGGAAAUUGAAUCAUUGUUUGAAAACAAAUUAUGUACAUGUGGUACUUUAGAUUCUGAUGAAGGGAGAUACAUAGAAUAUAUUCGAGUGAAGGGAAGCAAUUAUCAUCUUUCUGACAAUGAUGCUUCUGAUGUGGAAUAAGUUUCAGCUGCUGACCUAUAUAAACUUUAAAAAAAAAAUCUUCUGGGAGAAGAAUAACAGCU